AUGCCAGCAAUAAAAAAAUUCUUUUUUGAUUGGCCAUUGCAAGAUGAAGAAGCUUCAUCAAAUAUGGCAAAUAGGAAUGACGAUGAACUUGAACUUGAACUUGAACCCUCGGAAAUCAGUAAUGUCCUUGAAAAAUGUAACGAUAAUCAAAUUAAUUUGAUUAGUGAAGCAUAUCAUUUGGGCUACGGGGGUUCAAAGAAUUUGUUAGAUCAAUCUUGUGAUCUACUUGCUAUUAGGACCCCUAUGGGAAACAGUGUGCUACAUAUUGCAGCUUGGAAUGGUAAUGAUGACAUUGUUACUCUUUUAAUUGAACGUGCCCCAAAACUCUUGAUAACAGUUAACAGAAACGUGGAUCGUGUCUUGCAUGCUGCUGCAAGAGGUGGAAAAUUUUCAACAAUUAAAAAGCUAUUAGAAGGUUAUAAAAAUAUUCGGAUGCAGGAGUAUAAAUCAAUUCCACUGUUUAAUAGAGACAUUGACCAUAUUGAAACGUCUAGUGCGUAUGAUCUACUUGAAUUUGCAAAACUGAAGAAUGAUCAAGGCAACACUAUGUUUCAUGAGUUAAUGUUAUGUGACAAGAGCAAAAAUGGUGGGGAUAUGAUUUUCAAAGUUUGUGAACUUUUCAAAACAGAAGAUUUGUCAAAUAGUAUUAAUGAAUAUGCAAUGGAAAUUACUAAUAAUGCAAACAAAACAGCUCUUUACCUUGCAGUUGAAAAUGAGAACAGUUAUGCAGUCGAUCUGAUAUUAGACAAGUCUCGCAACGAGUAUGAGUUUCCACCAAUGGGAUUAUCACCAUUUGUGGCAGCAAUCAUGAUGCAUAAUCAAGAAAUGUUGAGGAUCAUACUAAAACACAAGCCAACUUGGAUCCAUUCGCAAGACGAAAAUGAAAGGCUACCUCUUCAUUAUGCUGCAUCUAUUGGUUACCUUGAAGGUGUUGAAUUAUUACUUGAAUCAUGUAAAUGUUGCACAAUUCAAAGAGAUAAAUAUGGCUACUUUCCAAUUCAUCUAGCUUCUCAUGGAGGACAUGUGGCAGUAGUAAAGAAGCUUUUAGAAUACUGUCCUGAUCCAACAGAAAUGCUUGACACUUCUCGUGGACGUAAUAUUCUUCACAUGGCAUCACACUAUGGAAAAUACGAGGUUGUACGUUACAUACUACAAAAUGAUCAAAUUCGUGAACAUGAUAAGAAACAUAAGUUGAUAAAUCAAAAGGAUAAUACAGGAAAUACGCCUUUGCAUCUAGCAGCAAAAUCCUUCCAUCCCAAAACAGUAUUUUACUUAAUAUGGGAUAAAAGAGUGAAUUAUGAUCUGGUUAACCAAAACAACCAAACACCUCUUGAUGUUGCAAAUGAAAAUUCUCAACUUGCUCGUUCGUCCGCGAGACAGCAACUUACAUGCACUGCACUAAAUUCUGUUGGUGCAAAAUCAAGUUUUAAAAGAGUACUCCAUAGUAAAUGGAGACAAUGUGAUUCAAACUCAGCAAAAUCAAAGCAGAAAGAAAGUGACACGAACCCGAAUGAAAGUAGUGAAAUUGUCUCCAAUACUGCACAAUAUUUUUUUCUGGCAGGUGCUGACACCCAAUAUAAAGACAGGGUAGAGACACUCAUAUUGGUUUCAACCCUUAUAAUCACUGCUUCAGUAGCAGCAUGUUUUGCGGUUCCAGGCGAAGCAGACGGAAGAGCACACAACCUAUAUCAUGCAAUGUUCCAACUUUUCAUCUUCUUCAUCACAAUAUCAUUGUUCAGCUCUAUUAGUGCAACUAUCAUACUCUUUUGGGCAACACUUGGAUUAUCUAAGUUGGUGACCUCCUCUCUCAAAAUUGUUAUGCCACUUCUUGGAAUCGCACUCAUUUCACUAACUUUGGCUUUCAUGGCUGGUCUUUAUACAGUUAUCAGUCCACUUAGAUGGUUGGCCAAUCUCUUUCUGGUUGUGGCUGUGAUUUUUGUUGUGCUUGUGGUCUUGUUGUACACAGUCCUUUUCCUCCCCUCAGCUUCAACUAGAAAGGCCAUGCGAUACAUUUCCUACUACCCCUUUCUUUUCCUAGCAUGGCUCGCAGAGUAA